AUGGACGACCCGACCUCGACCCCCACACAGCAAAAGCGCCCACGCGUGGCGGAAGAGAAUCGCAAGCGAGCUGUUCGAGCAUGCGACGGCUGUCGCAGAGUGAAAGAGAAAUGCGAGGGCGGUGUACCGUGUCGCAGAUGUCUUCGCUAUCGCCGACAGUGUAAUUUCACUCAUGUCGAUCCCAGCGAGAAGAAUCGGUCGACGUCGAUCUCGUUGUUGGACCGGGCGGCCUCGCUCAAUCGUCAUGAAAUUGCGGAAGCAGAGCGCGUACACUGCAUGGAGCGCCUCUUGUCAUACUAUGUUCCCGGUAUCACUUUCGAUAUCCAGUCACUUCGCCAGGCCGUGGAGGAUCUGAAGAGCAAACAUCGUGAUUCUGAGUCAGAUGCCAUUUCAACCAGAGCGGACCCCAACGAGAUUGAAGACCUGGCCAUCGAUGAUGAGGAUUUCAUGAUCAAAGCUCUUCCAAAUAAUACGACCCAAUAUUCCGGAGAGUUCUCAUAUCUGAACUUCUCCAUGAAGAUUCGGAAGAAAAUUGACGAAUGGAUGAAAACUGCGGCUCCAGACGCCUCUACCGAAGUUGAGCCAUUCGAGGAACGAUGGCGAUCCACACAACUCCAGUCAGGGUCAUCUCUUGUUUCAGCAUCAAUCACCUGUCUUCCACCACGCUAUGUGGCCGACUUCCUCGUCCAGAUCUUCUUCAAGUAUGCGCAGACCAAUAACUUCUAUGUGGAAGAAGACUGGCUCCGCGACAAAUUGAAUAUCUGCUAUACCAACCCCUCCUGUCUGUCUACGGAUGAUGCAGGUGCCGUUUGUUCGAUUUUGAUGGUUCUGGCUGUUGGCACGCAAUUCGCUCAUAUGGAGUCGUCGACACCGGUCAAUUGUUUACCAUCUGAUGCCAAUCAAGACCAUCAUUUCUCCGAGGAUGAGGUCGGUUUAACAUUCUAUCAGUUUGCAUCCAAGCUAUUACCGGACAUCAUUGCUACGGCUUCCAUACGAAGUGUGCAGGCUUGCUUAUUGAUCGGCACUUACCUACUUCCUCUGGAUACAUCUGGGCUGUGCUACACGUACUUCGGCUUGGCACUCAAGCUCGCUAUCCAGAAUGGCAUGCAUCGACGAUAUCACGGCGAAGGUCUCUCACCUCGAAUGGUAGAGACAAGGAAUCGCGUCUUUUGGACAGCUUAUACCAUUGAAAAGCGCAUUAGUAUUCUUCACGGCAGACCCUCAUCCUUAUCAGAUGCUGAUGUUGACGCUCCCCUCCCUGUUGACUUCCCCGGAAUAAUGCCCGCUUCACAGCAAUCGAAUCACACAAACAUGGUCGCGUUGAUUACUUUGACACUGAAGCUCGGGGAAGUUUCCAAUGAGAUCUCUUUGCUCCGAACUGCCCGAAAGGGUCAACAACAGGACUGCCUCGAGCGAUUACUCAACAUCCGAAAACAUCUGAUUGACUGGUGGUCUACCUUACCCGAAGAAACAAACUGUCGAGAUCUUAACCCCGGUGGACCAUUGUUCCGAUCCAACGUGCACUUGAAACUUGACUAUUGCCUAACCCGAAUCUUCAUCGGCCGUCCAUUCUUGUUCAGCAGUCUGAGGGGCCUUUACCAGACACCAGUCACGCCUUACAAAGGCCCAUCUGGGGUGUCCAAGAACCGCGCGACUCUUGUUACGGACUGUGUUGAAGCAGCCCUAGAGAUUAUCGAUCUCUGUCGUCUUCUCCGAGACGAGGCCGGUCUUGCCCGUGCCUCAUUCACCGAAUUCAGCUCAUGUCGUGCAGCGCUUCUGGUCAUCCUAGCCCAGGGAUUGACGAAGCGCACUGAGCGACUCGGCGCAGCUCUCGAACAAGGCAUUUCAUUAAUCAAGAUCAUGUCCAUGGGCGUCGGCUCAGCACGUUCCGCCGUCAGCGUGAUCGAAGCACUCGAGCGAGCAAUCCGCCGGCUAGAGCUGUGGAGUGAGAGCCAACAAGCUCAAAGCAACGGAGGCAGCAUGGAGUCUGCAUAUGACCGUUUCAAGAACUGGGAGAUGCUUUGGAAGACCGGGCCCGUGUCGCCCACUGCAAUGGCCUGGAAGCAGCAAGAAGCCUUUGAAAAUGACUCUGUUAUCCAGCAAAGUGUGGGAUCCCAAGGCCCUGGUGGUCCGCCGGCGGCCGAGGACGUUAUUCCGGGUUUGUCGGUCACACCUCCGACUCUUCCGCUGCCCAACGCCAAUGGCCCUGAACCUGCACUUGGUCACCCAGGAGAGAUUCUGGACGGUGACGUCCCGAGUAGCGGUCUUUCUGUUUCGGACAAUUUCCCCAUCUCGCACCAGUCUCUUCCGCAAAUGCCGCCUUUCGGGUUUGAUCACUUCGUCUCGAACUUCCCGCAGGAGCUCGGCGAGUUUACUGCCAUUCCGUGCUUUGAGCCUGAUGCUCAAGGCAAUCCUGCCAUGGUCGGCACUGACCUUAAGCCGCCUGGAAGCGCAGAUUCGCAUUGGUUGCAGUUUAUGAAUGAGUGA